AUGCUUCUUCUUUGGAACCCCUUCAUGAUUUUCCGUCUCAGGAACCGCACUAACAAGAGCAUCGUCCUUCUUGCCCCAUCAGUGUUCUGUAGCUUUUCUUAUGCUGCCUCUGCAAAUUUCUCUCGUUAUCUUUCCGCUUUGUCUAGUCCCGCAACAUUGGAAAGUUAUCACUUUAGAAACUCGGGUAUAGACUCAGAGGGAGAGAGUGAUUUGGUUGUUCUCAUAGCUAAAGUUCCUGUAGGAAGAAGUGAAGAUGAAGUCCUUCAGUCUCUCAGGGAUGACCAAGCUUGUAGCUCCAUAAGGGUUUCUCACCAACUUGUUGAUAAAUUGCUCCAUCGGUUCAAAGAUGAUUGGAAGUCUGCAUUGGGUGUUUUCCGUUGGGUGGAAUCGCAUCCAGGCUAUAAGCCCUUGCCAGAAUCAUAUGAUAUGUUGGUGGACAUAUUGGGGAAGAUGAAGCAAAUUGACAGGAUGAGGGUACUGGUAGAGGAAAUGCGUGACAGACAUAUUGUUACACUUAAGACAAUAUCAAAGGUUAUGAGAAGGCUAGCUGGUGCCGGAGAAUGGGAAGAUGCUGUAAGAACAUUUGAUGAGUUAGGAAGUUUUGGAUUGGAGAAGAACACAGAAUCCAUGAAUUUGUUGCUUGACACCCUUUGCAAAGAGAAAAGAGUUGAGCAGGCCCGUGAGGUCUUCUUGGAGCUCAAAUCACACAUACCACCGAAUGCGCACACUUUUAAUAUUUUUAUUCACGGUUGGUGCAAAGUCAAUCGGGUUGACGAGGCAGACUGGACAAUCCAAGAGAUGAAGGGACAUGGUUGUCGCCCUUGUGUCAUCAGCUACUCAACCAUUAUCCAGUCAUAUUGUCACCAGUUCAACUUUAGAAAGGUCUAUGAUCUCCUUGAUGAUAUGCAUGCUCAGGGGUGCUCACCGAAUGUUGUCACUUACACUACUAUCUUGUGCUCACUAACAAAGUCAGAGGAGUUUGAGGAAGCCUUGCAAAUAGCAGAGAGAAUGAAAUUAGCUGGAUGUAAACCAGAUACACUUUUUUACAAUGCAUUGAUUCACACACUAGGGAGGGCUGGCCGAGUAAGAGAGGCUGUUCAUGUUUUUGAGGUAGAAAUGCCCAGGCUUGGUGUUACCCCAAAUACAUCAACCUACAAUUCGAUGAUUGCAAUGUUUUGUCAUCAUGCUCAAGAACAGAAAGCCUUUAAUGUCCUCUGGGAUAUGGAAAAUUCGCCACAUUGUAAACCUGAUGUUCAGUCAUACUUCCCGUUGCUCAAGCUGUGCUUUAAAACUGGGAAGACAGAUAGUUGCUUGAGCAAACUGUUGGAUGACAUGGUUAAUAAGCAUCAUCUAAGCCUUGAUUUGUCAAGUUAUACACUUCUUAUCCAUGGACUUUGUAGAGCAAACAAAUGUGAGUGGGCAUAUCUCCUCUUUGAGGAGAUGAUAGGUCAAGAAGUUACACCUAGAUAUCAGACCUGCCGUUUGCUUUUGGAUGAAAUCAAACCUAAGAACAUGUACGAUGCUGUUGAGAGGAUUGAAGACUUCAUGAAGCAUAUGAAAACCUCAUGA